ACUCAUAUUAAAGGGACAUUUUGGCACACAAUGCAACCACAAUAUUACUUUAUGUAACAUUUUCGUCGGUUUAUUCGAGGAGUACGUUUUGUUGAAUCUUAACGCACAGUCGUAAAUUCCUGUAAAUUAAUAGUAUAUAAGGAAAUAUCGUUGUGCAUCAACGCGCCGCCUCGAAACGUAGCCUACCUUCUGACUGACCCGUCUCUACGAUGAGCAGAUCAGAUAGCCCGCUGUCAGGAAAACUGUGUUUUUGUUGAUGACAUCUUCGGCCGCGCUGGAGCGACCUACAAUUUACUAGCAUUACAUGGACAUUUGAUUCAUCAUCCCAUUUGGAUUUAGACAGCAUUGGAAUAAUGGGGAGGCUGUGGUACUGCCUCUUAGUUUUUUUGUUACCCGUGGUGUUUUGUGUAGAUUUCCGAGAGGGAUCUACACAAUCUUCACAGUCAUCUUUUUUCGCGAAGAGUUCCCAAAUGGGACAGCACCACAUUGCAAGAAGAUCACUUGGGCAAAAAGUUAAUAGGAGAAGCACCGAUGAAAGAGAAGACACCUGUAAUGCUCUUCAGGGAUACCAGACCAAGUUAGCCGACAAUACUCACAACUAUUCUUUCAACGAUCUGAGUGGCUCUGUGUCCCUUGCUUGGGUUGGCGAUGGAACUGGGGUUGUCCUGGCUCUGACAACAUUUCAGGUUCCAUUAUUCAUGCUAAGGUUUGGUCAGUCCAAACUAUACAGAAGUGAGAACUAUGGGAAAUCCUUCCAGGAUGUCACAGACCUCAUCAACAACACCUUCAUUCAAACAGAGUUUGGCAUCGCUAUAGGUCCUGAAAAUUGUGGGAAGGUGAUUCUCACUGGGGAUGUGUCGGGAACUUCAGGGUCAAGGAUUUUCCUCUCAUCAGACUCUGGAAACAGCUUCAGUCAUGUUGACCUGCCCUUCCAUCCCAUGGUGCAGAUCAUGUACAACCCACAUGAUCCCAAUGUUCUAGUUGUCAUAAGCAACAAGCAUGACCUGUGGUUGUCAGAAAACUUUGGUUCAAACUGGAGGAUGAUCCAUUCAACUGUCUGCCUCAUGAAAUGGGGGAUUGACAAGACCCUGUUCUUUACCACAAAUCUCAACGGAUCUUGCUAUGACCGAGGAAUGCUUGUGCUGAAAAAGACGUCAGAUUACGGGAAAACUAGUAAGACCAUUGCCGAGAAGAUCUACUCCUUUGGAAUUGGUGGACGCUUCCUGUUUGCCUCUGUCAUGACUGGAAGUACCAACAUGCGAAUGAUCUACGUGUCAUUAGACCAAGGAGAGGUGUGGAAUAUGGCCCAGCUUCCUCCUGUGGGCCAUGAACAGUUCUACUCUAUUCUGGCGGCAAACAACGACAUGGUCUUCAUGCACGUGGAUGAACCGGGUGACACAGGCUAUGGCACCAUCUAUGUGUCAGAUGACCGGGGCACGGUGUACUCCAAAUCUCUAGAGCGCCACCUGUACACCACCACAGGGGGCGAGACUGACUUCACCAACGUCACCUCCCUCCGCGGAGUCUUCAUCACCAGCAUUCUGGCUGAGGAUGGGUCUGUGCAAAGUGUCAUGUCCUUUGACCAGGGAGGAGAGUGGGUUCCCAUCCAGAAACCUCUAAACAGUCAGUGUGACUCAACUGCUGCAGACAAGGAGAAGUGCAGUCUACACAUCCAUGCGUCAUACAGCACCUCCAUGAAGCUGAAUGUGCCUAUGCUGCCCCUCUCCGAGCCCAAUGCAGUGGGACUCAUCCUGGCUCACGGCAGUGUGGGCGAUGCCAUCUCCGUGAUGACGCCGGAUGUGUAUGUGUCGGAUGACGGCGGGUACUCGUGGCAGAAGGCGCUGAAAGGCCCCCACCACUACUCCAUCUUGGACUCGGGGGGCCUGCUGGUGGCUGUUGAGCACAGUAACGAGCCCAUCUCCACCGUCAAGUUCUCUACUGAUGAAGGUCAAUGCUGGCAUGUGUACAACUUCACCACUGACCCAAUUUACUUCACUGGCUUGGCGUCGGAGCCUGGAGCACGCUCCAUGAAUGUCAGCAUCUGGGGUUACCGAGACUCUUUCCUCAGCCAGUACUGGGUCUCCAUCACCAUCGACUUCAGGGAGCUUCUGACACGGGACUGUCAGGAUAAUGACUAUGUGCAGUGGCUGGCUCACUCUGAUGACAUCAGCGAUCCCAAUGAUGGAUGCAUGCUGGGGUACAAGGAGAGGUUCCUGAGGCUGCGUAAAGACUCAGUCUGCUGGAAUGGACGGGACUAUACAGUCAACAAAGAGCACACGCCCUGUCCCUGCACUCUGGAUGACUUCCUCUGUGACUUUGGCUACUACCGUCCAGAAAAUAGCUCGGAGUGCGUGGAGCAACCUGACCUCAAAGGCCAUGUACUGGAGUUCUGCCUCCAUGGCAAGAAAGAACAGCUGCAGACCAGUGGCUACCGGAAAAUUCCAGGUGAUAAGUGUGAGGGGGGAAAACAGCCGGAGCGAAAGGAGAUUGACUUGAGCAAGAACUGUGUCAGUAACCUCAUAGACCCAGAGCUGCUGAAGGACAUCCACCCCUCCAGCUCUGCUCCCAUAAUCGCCACUGUUAUUGUCAUUCUGGUGAUCAGCAUUGCAGCUGGAGUUCUCUUUGUGAAGAAAUAUGUCUGUGGAGGAAGGUUCCUGGUACACAGGUACUCUGUCCUGCAACACAAUGCAGAGGUCAAUGGCAUUGAGGGUGUGGAUGAGCCAUUGGACACCAAUGUGGCAGCACCUGCCAAGAUUGAGUUCCACGAUGACUCAGAUGAGGACCUUCUGGAAUGAGGAGAUCUCGGUUUGCUGCAGGAAUCUGAGAGACGUUUGGUGUCUCAUCUCAUCACAGUGCAAGGCUAUACUCUCUCCUCUCCGAGCACACUGUCAUUUCCUGCAGAUCUAGCCUUCAUUAACCCCCAUCACCCACUUCCUGCUUUGAUACUGAUGCUGAUGGAUAGGAUGCCUCCAUUUGCACGGCGCUCAACAAAACGGUAUCCACGUGAACCUUGUAGUGACAGGUGUAGUAACUGUAGGCUGAGCAACCGGAGCAUAUUUCAGUGGUAAGCGCUCUUAGUUGUAAGUCUUACUUGUCUUAUAACAUACAAUGCUCUGGCCAUUAAAUAGCCUUAGUUGCUGAAAUGGCCUUAAAUUAAACAAACAAACAAACUUACCUGUUUUAUCUUUUAUGAUCAAUUUUUGGACAGCAGUUGUAAAAACAUCAAUUUGGCAUGGGAAGUCAUUUGGUCUGGCAAAUUGUUAGGUACUAUUGCAGAUUCAUAUCUUUAUACAAAAACGUGUGUUCAUGGGUGCAGAUAAACUAAUUUGUUAAAGGCAGUCUUUCUUUUUACCUUCUUGUCAACCUCAAAAGUAGUUUUCUCUAGGGGUCCUUACAUACAUAUUUACAUUUACUUCCUUAUAAUCCACCAAUAAUAUGGAAAAAUGUAAUAUUUUUUCCUCCUCUGUGAAUUGAUUUGAAUAUUUUAAGAGGUUCCUUUAUUUUGGUUUAAUAUUUAUUUUGGAUUAACAUCUAGGAACUUCCAACUUCUUACCUAACUACUUACAUAGAAUAAGUGUUUAGACAGCCAUAUUUCUAAUGUAAUAAGCAAUACAAUGCUUAGAUACAGUGUAUCAGCAAAGCAAGCUUACCAAGCUGGAUUUGGUCAGUUGUUGUCAAAAGACAUAACUGGGAAUAAUUUGAUACUGUUUGUGGCUGCACAAGUUUAUGUAAGACCCCGUAAGGAGAGUAUUUUCAAAGGGUAUUGGCUAGAAUUUAGGCACUUGAUUGGGCCUCAUUUUGUAAAAUGCAAUCUUGUCUUCUAUUAGAGAGAAUACAUUUGAAGGAAACAUGAGUAAAGGAAUGUAAUGGAAUACUUUUAUUUGAUAGGCUGUGUUUAUAUUCAUAAAGAAGUGUGACGUUUUUUGUAGAGGGCAUCAUUUUUUUAAAUUCUAACAAAACAUUGUCAUUAACAGCAAUUUUGCACCAUAAUGGUUGAUCAGACAGCACAAUAGCUGUUGAGCUGCAUGUUUGUUAGGUGAGCCAUUUCUCAUACUUUUUUCUUUUUCCCACUUUGUUUCCAUUAAAAUGAUGUAUCUUUUAACGUUCUUUUAACGUUCUUUUAACGUUCCUUCUACAUUUUGAGAUAUAGUUUAGUAUAUUGUGUCCCCCAAUUGAACUACAUGUUAGAAGUCUUCCUUACAAUUCCUUCCCAUGCCUAGUCUAUUUUUUCAUUGUUUGAAAUGGAAUUAAACACAUGAAUAGUCAUUUAGGCUAGUGAUUUAAUGUGACUUAGAUACUCCAGUAGAGAAUUUCCCUGUCAGCUUUCAUUAAUGUAUGUUAAGACCUCCAGUGCAAAAAAAGCUCUGCCUCCACUGCACAGGUUUAUACUGCAGAUCAUAUACAUUUUCCUGACGAGAGAAUACCCACUGCAAGUAUGUACACACUACUGUCUGGAUAUGUUCAAACAAGUGCCUAACAUGGAGGUAUAGUUUGUGCCUUCACAAGUGGUGUAAAGCUCAUGUUAAAUAAUUGAUUAUGGGUAUCAGGUCUUUGUGCCCAUCCCUUGUAUUCAGUUUCCAAUGGAACUUGUCUUGUUUGUCACACAUACUGUAGAGGGCUUUGCGUUUAAAGCUAAGACCAGUACCUCAUUUGGUCUGCCUCACUGAGUUUCCUUGUAAAUAUUGGCCAACCCAAAGUCAUACGACUACUGCAAUUUUAAACAGUUACCUGAGAACUGGGCUUGGCUUUGUAAACCCAAGAAGCAAUGGUCAUGUCAUCAAAGAUGGCUUCUCGUCUGCCAUUUUAAAAGCAAUAUUUUCUGACUGCCAUUUACCCAAUUUAUAACAGUGGCAGCCUAGAGAUCUGAUAAGAUGAACAUAAGCUAAUCGAGUUGUAGCUCCAUGGUUUCCUAGUGACAAACCAGUUUAUGUCCCAUUAUUUGCACAAUAGGUCCGGUUGAAGUGAUUGCUGUUGGUGUGUUGAGCUACAUAUAGGGUACAUAUACAAGAUGCUCCUAAUUUAACUGGAUUCUGAAGUGUGGUGGUUGUCUUGCGGUUUCGAAUCAAUGUACAUAGCAUUAAAUGUGACAGCUCUGUAAAUAUUCAGCUGCUCCAACUUUGUAUCAGCUGCUCUUGUUCUGUAUAUUGAAAAGAAUUUGCUUUGGUUGAAGAAAAAAAAUAAAUAAUGUGUCCCU